UUCUGUCGGCGCCUGUACCACAGGUCUACCCACUGCACGCAAUGCCAGCGAAGAUCAAGUUUGUGAAUCCCGCAAGCAUCCUGUCCCUGCACGCAAAUUGUGCUGCGCAAGUGAUCUAUGGGCUCUACCGACCGGUGCCUGCCGCCGUUCCUGCCAACCUCUUUGGUUUGGUGGCAUCCAUCUACUACCUGGGCACCUGUUGGUACAGUGCUUGGCGCUUGGACGCCUUGAAAUCAGGUGCCUGGAGCCGCUCUGCAGCGCUGGCAACCAUUGUCACGCUGUCCAUCUCCAUGUGCAUGCUGUCCUACGCCGCGCUGCAGCUACAUCCUGAAGCCGCCGAACAUGUGGGCCAUCUCGCGCUCUUCUUCAGCGUGUGCCUCUUCGCCGCACCGUUGAGUUCCCUGCGCAGCGUCCUCCGGGACAGGAGCUCCGAACUGCUGCCGAUGCUGCCCAGCCUGCUGGGGCUGUUGUGCAGCGGAUGCUGGUGUUACAUCGGACGGCGUCAUGACAGCAAGCCUCUCUGGGUACCGAAUUUCAUUGGCUUCCUCCUGUCCUGCGUCCAACUGAUUCUCAUCGGCAUCUUUCCGGCCAAAAAGCUCAAGACCUUGCCUGGAGAGACCUCCCCGUGACCAACAGGAUGACAGCAGCUGUGGGCCCUGGCCGUGCUGAUGUGCAGAACCUGAGAUGAUGGCGAUCCGGAGAAGAUUGCGGAAGAUUGCUGCGAUGUGCAGAAUCCCUGGAAGCUGGUGACGACACAACCUAAAAGUGUGCGGCCGGUGAUGGAAAGUCCGGAAAGUGCUGUCAAGCACGGAAGUGGGGAAGAAAGGUCGAUGCUGGCGUGAAAAGGGCUGCGGAAAAUGUGACAGGACGGGGUUGAAAUUUUCACCUUGGAUUUUGGAUGGCACAGCCG